AUGGCCGCCUCUGCACAACAUGCUUCAAAGUUUGCCCGUUUCAUGAACUCUGAAACCGGUCCAAGAACCGUUCAUUUCUGGGCCCCAGUUUUCAAGUGGGCUUUGGUUAUUGCUGGUAUCAAUGAUAUUCAGAGACCAGUGGACAAGAUCAGUGGUACCCAACAGGUCGCUUUGUUUGCUACUGGUACCAUCUGGACCAGAUGGGCUGGUUUCGUUAUCCGUCCAAGAAACUUCUUGUUGGCCAGUGUGAAUUUCUUCUUGGGUGGUGUUGCUGGUUACCAAAUCUACCGUAUCGCCGACUACAGAUUGAAGGCUGGUGACACUCCAUACCAAGCUUUCCAAUACAUUGCUGGUGGUAAG